CCCAGGCCAUGCGCUUCACCGUGGAGGAGAUAAACAACUCCAGUGCCCUCCUCCCCAACGUCACCUUGGGCUAUGACAUCCAUGACACCUGCUCGGAGCCCGCCAGCCUCCACGCCACGCUGCGCGCCCUCGCCCGGAGAGGUGGGCAGGAGGUCGAGGUGCUCCCCACCUUUCGCCACUACGAGCCUGAGACAGUGGCCGUCAUUGGGCCUGACAGCACCUGGCUGGCCCUCACCACAGCGGCCAUCCUCGGCGUCUUCCUCGUACCGGAGAUUAGCUACGAAGCCUCCUUGGAGACACUGAGCCUGAAGCGGUUCUACCCCUCGUUCCUGCGCACCAUUCCCAGUGACAGACAGCAAGUGAAGGCCAUCUUCCUGCUGCUGCAGCAGUUUGGGUGGACUUGGGUGGCUCUGCUGGGCAGCGACAAUGACUACGGCAGGAAUGGCUUAGAUGCCCUCUACAAGCUGCUGACCGCAAGCGAUGCGUGCGUUGCCUACCGAGGCAUCAUCCCCGUCAACAAGGAUGCCAGCAGCCCGGAGCUCCACAACCUGGUCAGAAUCCUCACGGAUGUCAGGGUCAACGUCACCGUCGUCUUCUCCAACAGACGAAGCGCCCGUCCUUUCUUUGAGGUGGUGGUCCAGAGGAAUGUCACUGGCAUGGUGUGGGUGGGCUCCGAAGACUGGUCGCUAGCCCAAACAAUCUGGGAGGUGCCUGGCAUCCAGAGCAUCGGCUCGGUGAUUGGGAUGUCAGUUGAGAAGGCAGAACCCAUGAUGCUGGAACGCUUUGAAUCUUGGAAGACAGCAGAGAAAAGCGCUGCAGCCGACUGUGCCGGCAGCACAGGGGCAGGCAGGGCAAUCGGACAGAGCGCCCAGCCGGACUGCACCCAGCGCUGCACCUGCUGCCACUCGCUCACCACUGUCCCCGACGUGUACGACGCUCAGGGUUCCUUCAACGUGUACUCAGCCGUGUACGCCGUGGCCCACGGCCUCCAUGACCUGCUGGGCUGUGCCUCGGGGGUGUGCAGCAAAGGCACAGUCUAUCCCUGGCAGCUCCUACAAAAAAUCAAGCAAGUAAACUUCACCGUGUACAAGAGCCGCAUCUCUUUUGAUGCCAACGGGGACAUUCACAAAGGCUACACCAUCAUCAUGUGGAACUGGAGCGGCCCGAGCUGGGCUUUCGAUGUGAUAGGAACUUUCAGUACAAACCCCGACAGGCUGAACAUUGACCAGAGCAAAAUCCUCUGGCACACAAAAGAUCACCAGGCUCCCACCUCGGUGUGCUCUGAGGCCUGUCAACCAGGGGAGAAGCGGCUGCAGCGGACCCGCCACCGAUGCUGCUUCAGCUGCGUAGCCUGUCCAUCAGGAACCUUCCUGAACAGAUCGGGUCAGUACGCCUCGGGGGGGCUGGUCCCUCCCCUGCCUUUCUGCUUGGCUCCCCUGCCUGCACCCUGCCUCCUCCUCCAGUCAGCUCCUUGCUUCCAUCUCGCUGUUCCCCAAGCCUUUUCUCUCCCGCUCCCUCUUCCUCCCUGUGGUCGAUGGCACUUGGGGCUUCCGCACCAUGCGGUCACCAGCAGCUGGGAUAUGGAAAUGUCCCCUGCCUGGGAUGGGCAGAAGGAAUCUCCUGUCUCAGAGUCACCAGCCACAAUGACGAACCCCUUGCUGGCAGCCUCGGCCCGCACAUGGGCUGAGGGGGGUGGAAAUGGCCAGCUCCAGAUGCACAAGCCCCUUCCCACCUACAGCCCACAGGCCCCUGAGCCUUGGCUCACCCAGCUGGGCGCCUGUGGGCCUCGUGCUUCAACCCAAGCAACGAACUUUUGGGAAGUCUGCUGGGAGGACUUUUUGGGGGGGUCUUUUGGGAAAAGAGCCCCCAUUGCUCCUCAAGGCCUGGAAGCACCCGAGGGGAAGGAGCUGGAUGUGAGGAGUGGGCAGCUGUCGCAGAGAGCCCAGGGGGCUGCGAGGACAGGGUACUCCACUGCGGCAGAUCUCUUACCGGGGUCUGUGGUGUGCAAGGUGCCUCUGUCACCAGCUGGGCUCGUGUCCUCCACAGACCUCUAUGGCUGCCAGUCCUGCGGGGUAGAUGAGUGGUCUCCGGCGAGGAGCGAAGCUUGCUUCAACCGCACCAUCGAAUUUCUGUCUUGGUCCGAGCCCAUCUCUUGGGCCCUGCUGACCCCCACUGUCCUCCUCCUGCUGCUCAUGGCAGGGCUGGCUGUCCUCUUUGCCCUGAACGCCUCCACGCCAGUGGUCAAGUCUGCAGGUGGGAAGAUGUGCUUCCUCAUGCUGGGCUCUCUGGCCUGUGCCUGCACCAGCCUCUUCUGCUACUUCGGGGAGCCCACCCGGCACGCGUGCCUGCUGCGGCUCCCCCUCUUUGCCAUCAGCUUCACCGUCUUCCUCUCGUGUGUGGCGACACGCUCCUUCCAGAUCAUCUGCAUCUUCAACCCCGAGAAAAAGGGCCUGCGGAGCAAAAAGACCCCCCCCCCAGGGAAGGUGCCCAGCAGCGCGGGGGCGGUGGGGACGCCGGGGAGCAGAAAAGGUACAGCGGCGCCGGUUGAGUGCCCCACAUGUCAUAAAACCUUCCUCAGCAAAUAUUACCUUAAAGUGCACAACAGGAAACACACUGGAGAAAAGCCAUUUGAAUGUUCCAAAUGCGGCAAAUGUUAUUUCAGAAAGGAGAAUCUCCUGGAACAUGAAGCCAGAAAUUGCAUGAACCGAUCUGAGCAGGUUUUCACGUGUUCGGUCUGCCAGGAGGUGUUCAAGAGGCGAAUGGAGCUGCGGCUGCACAUGGUGUCGCACACGGGGGAGAUGCCGUACAAGUGCUCCUCCUGCGCCCAGCAGUUCAUGCAGAAGAAGGACCUGCAGAGCCACAUGAUAAAGCUGCACGGCGCGCCAAAGCCCCACGCGUGCUCGACCUGCUCCAAGUGCUUUCUGUCUCGGACAGAGCUGCGCCUUCACGAGGCCUUCAAGCACCGGGGAGAGAAGCUGUUUGUCUGCGAGGAGUGUGGGCACAGGGCCUCAAGUCGCAACGGCCUGCAGAUGCACAUCAAGGCCAAACACAGGAACGAGCGGCCCUAUGUUUGCGAGUUCUGCCACCACGCCUUCACGCAGAAAGCCAACCUCAACAUGCACCUGCGCACGCACACCGGCGAGAAGCCCUUCCAGUGCCACCUCUGUGGCAAGACCUUCAGGACACAAGCGAGCCUGGACAAGCACAACCGGACCCACACCGGGGAGCGCCCCUUCAGCUGCGAGUUCUGCGAUCAGCGCUUCACGGAGAAGGGGCCCCUGCUGAGGCACAUCGCCAGCCGGCACCAGGAGGGGAGGCCCCACUUCUGCCAGAUCUGCGGGAAGACCUUCAAAGCUGUUGAACAGCUGCGCGUCCACGUCCGCCGGCACAAGGGCGUGAGGAAGUUCGAGUGCACUGAGUGCGGCUACAAGUUCACGCGGCAGGCUCACCUGAGGCGCCACAUGGAGAUUCACGACCGGGUGGAGAACUACAACCCCAGGCAGCGGAAGCUGCGGAACCUGAUCAUCGAGGACGAGAAGGCCGUGGUGGGGGCGCUGCAGCCGCCCCCGGAGCUGGAGGUGGGCUCAGCUGAGGUGAUCGUGGAGUCCCUGUCACGCAGCUCCCUGCCCGAGGAGAUCCCCGUGCAGAGACUCUGCUCAAACGAGAACUUCUCUACGGCGGAUGUGAUUGAGCAAUCGCUAAUUAUAACAACAACGAUUCCCGAAGACUGUCAAACAUAGCGUGCCCGCCUGCGCGCACCCUACACUAACACGAUAAAGCGUUAGGCUGGAGCCACUCUCUGCCAUGCUUGUUCGAGUUGUGCAUCUGCCCCCUCCCCUCCUUCCCCACAAAGCUCCCACCCCAGGGUGCAGGGAAAUGAAGUUGUAAUGAAGUUAUAAUCAGGUCUCGAAGAAACAAACGCAAAGCUACUCAGAAUGGCUACUUAAAUAAACGUACGUACGCUGUAUGAGGCGGAUGCGACUGGCAACUCCGUGUGUGUAAUGCUGUGAAUUGCUUUUCAGCAAGCUCUCGUUUGCGGUGGGGAGGGGCGGCUGGUGCUCCCCCCCCCCUUCCCUCCAGCACUCUCGCCUUGUGCUGGAAGCUCUGCCUUGGAGCCCGAAAGCUGGUGAUUAAAGCUUACCUUCC